UUGCUCCGCGCGCUGCCGCUGAGUUCCCGGAAGUGACGCAUGCGCUGAUUUGUGUUUGUUUUCCUGACAGUCGCGGCCGUGUUGCGCAUCAAACUGCCAGAAAUCAGCGAGACCCGCAGAGUACGCAUACACAGGCACCGUCUUCAUCUCACAGGAAACGGUGGAGUCUCUACUUCCUGCCGCCAACCUGCUGCAGGUGAAGCUGGUGCUGAAGGAGUGCUGCAGUUUCCUGGAGAGUCAGCUGGACGCCGGAAACUGUAUCGGCAUCUCCCGCUUCGCCGAGACCUACGGCUGCCACGACCUGUGCCUCGCCGCCAGCAAGUUCAUCUGCCAGCACUUCGAGGAGGUGUGCCAGACGGAGGAGUUCUUCGAGCUGACGCGCGCCGAGCUGGACGACAUCGUGUCGAACGACUGCCUGAACGUGCUGACGGAGGAGAGCGUCUUCUACGCGCUGGAGUCCUGGAUAAAGUACGACGUGUCGGAGCGGCAGCAGCACCUGGCUCAGCUCCUGCACUGCGUCCGGCUGCCGUUGCUGAGCGUCAAGUUCCUGACGCGACUCUACGAGGCCAAUCACCUGAUCCGGGACGACCACGCCUGCAAACACCUGCUCAACGAGGCGCUCAAGUACCACUUCAUGCCUGAACACCGGCUCUCCUACCAGACCGUCCUGUCCACACGGCCCCGCUGCGCUCCCAAAGUACUGCUCGCUGUGGGGGGGAAAGCAGGACUGUUCGCCACACUGGAGAGUAUGGAGAUGUACUUCCCGCAGACGGACUCGUGGUUGGGUCUGGCUCCUCUGCCUGUACCGCGGUAUGAGUUUGGGGUGGCAGUGCUGGAGCAGCAGGUGUAUGUGCUGGGGGGUAUUGCCACACACAUGCGGCAGGGAAUCAGCUACCGGCGACACGAGAGCAGUGUGGAGCGCUGGCACCCCGACACCAACACCUGGAGCUCGGAGCGCCGCAUGGCCGAGUCGCGCAGCACACUGGGGGUGGUGGUGCUGGCCGGAGAACUGUACGCGCUGGGUGGAUACGACGGACAGUAUUACCUGCAGUCUGUGGAGAAAUACCUGCCCAAGCUGAAGGAGUGGCAGCCUGUCGCCCCCAUGACCAAAUCACGCAGCUGCUUCGCCACCGCCGUGCUGGACGGCAUGAUCUACGCCAUCGGCGGAUACGGACCCGCACACAUGAACAGUGUGGAGAGGUACGACCCCAGCAAAGACUCCUGGGAUAUGGUGGCACCGAUGGCGGAUAAACGCAUCAACUUUGGCGUGGGUGUGAUGCUGGGCUUCAUCUUCGUGGUGGGAGGACACAACGGCGUCUCGCAUUUAUCCAGCAUCGAGAGAUAUGACCCCUACCAGAACCAGUGGACGGCCUGCAGACCCAUGAACGAGCCACGCACAGGCGUGGGCUCAGCGGUGGUGGAUAAUCUGCUGUAUGUGGUGGGGGGUCACUCGGGCUCCUCGUACCUGAACGCAGUGCAGCGUUACGACCCGCUGACGGACGGCUGGAUCGACGCCUCCGGCAUGAUGUACUGCCGCUGUAACUUUGGCCUCACGGCUCUUUGACCCUGGGCCCCGCGGACCCCGCGCUGACUCUCUGACGAGUGUGUGUGUGUGUGUGCGCGCUCCGCCUGGACGCGGAUGCGGACGCAGAGCCAUCACUGAACACACUCUGAACUGCGGCACACAGAGCUCUGCUGCUCCCCUUUACACACACCGCACAGACCAGGACACACACAGGUGUGUGUGUGUGUGUGAGACGCAUGUGUUCUGCAGGAGGAGCCACGACUCGGCACAAGGGCUGCCUUCUGUCCUCUCCAUACUGUGUGUGUGUGUGUGUGUGUGUGUGUGUAUGUGUAUGUGUAUGUGUAUGUGUAUGUGUAUGUGUAUGUGUAU